ACAGACGACGUGUGCGCAAUGGUGUGCAAUACGAUCGAAACGUCUUCGCUCGUUCACUCUCUCGCUCCCUCGCGUUCGCGUUGCGUCCGCGAACGAAUCUGUUUUCCUUCCCUCGCGCGGACGCUGGCUGUUGGAUCGUUGCCCCCGCGUCACCCCCUGUGCGGUGACCCCGUUCCAGAAAUCGGGAUCGAUGAUAUUCGGUAUGCACCUAAUCGUUACCUCAAGGGAAAAAGCGCGAUGAAGAGGGGGGAGGGCGAGCGAGAGGAGGAGGAGAGACCGAGGAAGAAGGAGGUACGGAAGAGGAGAGCGAGAGAGAGACAGCUUCCGGAUGGCAUAGAGCAUAGAAUCGCCAGAUUUGCUGACGCUGUUCUCACGAGUCGCUGUCCAAAGAGGCUCCUUAUUGGUGCAGCGUACAAUACUAGGGUCCCCAGUUACUGGCUUUAGGAAGGAAGUUCGAUUGAUAUCGGGAGAGUCGUAUGUAGGAAACGUCAAUGCAGUGCUGAUCUCAAAUCAGAAAUAACCUUGAUUGAUUCUGUUUGAUUCCCCCAUCCGGUCGACACAGGGUCACGUUGAG